UGAUCGCUCAUGCUGAUUUUGUGACAACGAACUUAGUAGUUCGUAGUCGGUGUCCUCUACCUUACAAAAACAUUUAAGAAUUUCCCUGAAGAUCGAUUUGGUUGUUUAUUUUUGACCUCGUUUCUAAUUUCUAACCUAACAAGAUCUACUACUAACUUGUACUUCUGUAGUUGUACAUCUUCUAGUCUAGAAACGCAAAGAUGUUGGAGUUCCUUAAUGUGCGGAGGUCCGGUACUAUGCUAGAGCUAGUGUGGGCCGUGGGGCUGCUAGUCUGCACUAGUGUCGUUGCCAGCAGUCCUGGAGGAUUGGGUGGUAAGGAUGUUGCUCAUGGUUCCGUAGUCGCGCAGGGACCAGCUGCGUCGGGCACUGCCGCAAAUGAGGAAACGCCACUCAACUUGCCAAGCACUCAUGUGCAGGAGACGAUCACAAUGAAAUUCGGCGGUUCCAGUCUAGCAACAGGAAAGAACCUGCUGCAGUUAUGACUACUUGUACAUCGGAAAAUUGGAAUUUUCUAUUCACCCUAUAUAUCUAUAAUCUAGUACCUUCAUCCCAGCAAGAACGGGUUGUAUAUCACUCACUCACUGCUCAAAGUGAAUUAGUACAACAAGGAGAAGGGUGAGGUCGUCACUACAUUACGGUGCACCAUCGACAGUUUAGACCCUGUCAGGUCAUGAACGCAUGGAGAGUUUACACUAGAGUUUAAACGACAAGACGAAGAAAGUAGACGGUUUGUGAAGAUGUUUUGUCUAAUGCUUGUGGCAAGGAUCAUUCAUGGCACACAGAGCCUGAAUACAGUGAAGCAGGUCUUGGUAAUCUGCUCUGCGAUGGGGAAGACAACGGAUGCGCUGAAAAAUAUGUUGAAGCUUGCGGCUAGAAAUCAUGAUGAUCUUCUACAUCAGGGAACUAAUCAGCCAUCCGAAUCACCUGCUCAAGCAGAAGUUCUGACAUCGACAGUUGAAGGAAGUAGUCGUAGUAUCGAAGGGGGAGUGAGGACUUCUUCUCCUGCAUUUCUGGCUUCCGAAAGGACCACGGGUCAGGAGGACGCCAAGGCAAGAGAAAAUCAAGACAAGAGUGCAGUCAAAAAUGCGCUUCAUGACGGUGCCAAACUCUCGCUUGCUUCUUCUACGCCGCCACCGCCUUACUUGGCGACUUUCGAGAAAAGCAUAGUACAGUAUCACAAGGAUAUCUUCUAUGCUGUGGAAGCGAGCGCGCUUGAAUGUGUAACGCCUUCCGUUUCCUGCGAAAAGGGGAACAAAGAGUCAGCAUCGAAGAAGAAGGAACAAGCUUGCGAAGAGUUGAUCAAGCAAAGUUUUUCUACCGUGUGGAGUGAGCAGAUUCAGGGCCCGCUGAUUGACGCUUUGAGGCGUGACUUAGAUACAGUUUAUGAACUGUCGUUUUCCCCCUCGGUAGACCGCGUGGAGUUGGCCAACCGCUACUCUGAUACCAUCGUGUCCUACGGUGAACGCAUCAGUGUGCGGAUUGUAGCGCAAGCACUGAAACAAGUGGAGAAGUUGGUCGGAUCAAUGUAUUUCGAUGCCUGGGACUUGGGGCUGCAGACGACAGCAGGUAGCGGCCAGCUUGAUAGCGUGCUCUCGUCGGCAGAAGUGGACACCGACCUUGUCUACCCGAAGAUGGCUGCGCGCAUAGAGGCGAAUCGACUGCAAAUUUAGGACUCUCUUCUUGCUAAUCGAUAUUGAAAGGUUUUGAAGUGUUGCUGAAUUACAAUGGCGCUAAGUCAACUAAGAACGGCACGAAAACGGCCACUAUUGUCGCCUCCUCGUCCUAGAAGUGCUCCGCUUAGCCGCUUUUGCUACUUGCUUCCUCUUGGUUUUUCUGUCUUUUGGUUUCGUUUCAUGUGAUUCCCCGCGCCCCUCCAGAGUCCACCGCGCCAGCCUGCAAAUGUGUGCUGGGGGAUUCUGGAGGGGCGCGGGGAUUUGGAGGGUGCCCGAGGUUCUUGGCUCGCAACUGGGUGAGGGUUUUCCAGAAGGGGGCGCAGUAGGCGGCGAGUGUUCUGCGGAUUCGUAUCAUGCCCGGAAAGGUUGAACUUUGUCCGGAUUUUUGCAGUCCUUCGCAGAAUUUGCCCCAGUAUGGGCGUCCUCUUUUCUCUUCUUUUCAGCGGACGACGAUACUGCAUGAAAAGACCGAUUGCGUUCCACUUCUAACACGUGGCUUUUUCGACUCCGGGCGCGGCCUUCUUGCCUGUAGUCACUGGUUAUAUAGCCAAGGACGCUGAGGGCAAAAUAACGACUCUGGGUAGAGACGGAUCCGAUUUCUCUGCUGCGCUCUUUGGCGCCGCUGUUGGUGCGAAUCGCGUUCAGAUUUUCAAGGACGUUCCCGGGAUCCAGAGCACCGACCCGCGACUGCUGGGUGCGAACGGCAGCGAAAGGGUGAGAACCAUCCCGCGUCUCUCCUACGAACAGGCAGCUGAGCUUGCGAUCUUCGGUGCGACAGUUGUGCAUCCGGAAGCGAUGGGGCCAUUGCGCGCGAAGCGCAUUCCGCUCGAAGUUCGGAACACAGCGGACCCCUUUGGUUCAACCUUCUCGACGAUUUCCGAAGAGCUACCGUACGGUGCUGCGAUCAAUACUCCUGGCUCACCAUUUUCUUAUGCUUUGUAGUUGAACAUCUUCCUCACAACGUGAGCGAGGCGAGUAAGCAUUACUGUAUUUGAGAAACUGUUCACCUAAGGUCAACAUGGAUGGAGCAAAGAUGUAAUACAGAGCUCUUCACUUUUUUGGUCCUUUUUUAUCAACAUCGAUCUUUUCAAUUUCCACGUACAACUUCCGUCGUUUUUUCAGGAGCUAGCAACAAGAUGCGCUUACCUCUAAGAGCAAUCCAGUUCUCCUGCCAGCCGCAAACCCCUGCCUGGACCUCCUGUGCUGGCGAUUACGAAGAACGACCGAGCUAAACUUAUUCAAAUUUCUUCGGCUGCGAUGGUACAAACAAGUGGUUUUCUUGCUGACGUUUUUGCGGUGUUCAAGGAAAUGGGGAUCUCAAUUGACGUUGUGGGAACAUCGACUAGUUCCAUUUCGUUAACGACAGAUGGCAUGGACGAUUAAGGCAUCUUCAAUUUUUGUAGAAACAACGAGUUGUUUGGCAGUCAUUGAAGUAGACUGAAAUACCAACUUUUAUUGUUCUAAUAGGCGAACACAGAGGCGUUGCUUCCACAACUUCGACAAAAGUUGAUUGCUGCGGUGGGAGGGCUGGCGAAUGGACGUGGCCUGGAUCUGCAAGUAAAUGUCGCGGCAACCGUGGGCACUUUGACUUUGAUCAUUGGCUCACCGUUGACGGCUGACUCUGUCAUGUGGAAGGUUCAGCGAUUGCUCGACGAGGAAGUCAAUUAUGUCCAUACAGACUUCAGCAUAGGUUUGAAGAAUUUAGUGAUAGUGUUUGUGAUAACAAUGAAGAGACCUCUCAACAAGACACUACGUACACAGACCUUCCGUCGAUGUAAUUGUUAGUUGACGAAAGACAAUGGCAUGCAUAAGUUUUUGUUUAACAGAGAAUAAGGUCGUCACUAUCUCUAGUGGAAGAAAAUGACAUCCUUGAGAAAUAGUGCCUAGACCAUUUGAUGGCAAGAAGUCUUCUAACUUCCAGUCCCCCUGCAAGUGGUGACGAAAGCGAACCCCUACCAGAUAACCUUCGUGCUGGAAAGCGAUAAGCAAAAGAUGAACGAAGCAGUCGACCGGGUCCAUCUGCGUUUCGUUGAGGAGUACGAUGGAGAUGCGCGUCACUAAAAUAUAUAUGUAACGAUCGAAGACGACACUGCUGAUCUAGAAGGCGAAUGUCGGGUAGCUACUGUAUAAUUACGAGAGGUAAAGCUCUACUAUCUAAUGAUACUGAAGUAGAGGUCAACAAACUCAAACAUAUAGGGAAAGUGACGUCAACAUAGUCGUAUGCUAGGUGCAUUAAUUAUCCAUAAAGACGAUGUUCAGCGUCGUCAAUAGUUUCUCAACAUUUUUCGUGCAAGCUACGGACCAUGCAUUGUUGUCGUGUCUUCGAUUCACAUCCAUGCUGUAAGUGUAAGAAAUCAUGUUGAAAAAAAUAUGCAAGAAAUAUGGUUCCGAAACUGUAUUUACAGGACGAAAAGUUUUUGUAAGCCUUUUCAAGAACACUACUGACGUCUGGUCGCACAUUCAAGAAU